AUGUCGAUCGAUCGGCCAGCGCUGAGUCUUCCGAGGAAAGCCUUCAUGAACGGCUUUGACGAUGAGGAUGUCCAAGUCUACUAUGAAGACAUGGUAAAAUGGGCCAAUCUUCUUGGCGCCGAUCCUGAACGUGCACGGCAAGAACUCAAGGAGACUGUGGAGUUUGAAAUCUUCCUUUAUAAUAACUCGCUUCCAGACGAGGACCGACGUAACGAGACGGAACUGGAUAAGAAGAUGACGAUCAGUGAAUUGGAGAAUAGAUGGCCAAUCAUUCCCUGGUUCCGGUAUAUCGAUGAGAUGCUGUCGCCCUUUCAUAAUGUAACACCCGAGGAACCUGUCAUCAUUGCCAUCCCUUCAUAUAUUGACCAACUCUCCAGCGCUCUCAAGGUCACACCUAAGAGGCUUGCUGAUGUGCUGGCAGCUAUGUACGUGAGGUCGUUCUUCACGGAAGGCGUCAGGAAUGAUGUAAUUGAGAUGGUAGGCAAUAUUCACGCUGAAUUUGAUGUCAUCUUGGAUGAGGCAGACUGGAUGGAUGAUACCACCAGGAGUCGAGCGAAGCUGAAAAGUUCCCUGAUUAAACCAAUUGUCGGUUAUCCCGAGGAGCUGAUGGAUGACGACAUACUCACCGAGCGCUAUGACGGCUUACACUUGGUGUCGGAUCACUAUGACCAGAACAUCCGGAACCUGAACUGGUUUUUGGUGGAGAACUAUUUACGUCUCCUCAAGGAAGAAAGGUAUGAAAGCCUUGAUGUCCUUGACGCCAAUGCCUACUACUCCGCUGAUCAUAACACAAUCAGUACGACAACAACCCUGGCAUUCCAUUCAGUGAACGGAAAUGCAACUCUAGACGAGAACAUAGCUAGCAAUGGAGGCUUCAAGGUGGCAUAUCGGGCAUACGUGAAAUGGAACGAGAGAAACGGAGAAGAAAAGUCUCUUCCCGGCUUAGAGCGCCUAACCUCCAGACAGAUGUUCUGGAUAUCGGCAGCGCAAGCUUUUUGCUCAAAGGACGGAAACGAGGCGAUGAGAGAGCUCAUGAACCUAUUCAAGGACCAACACGCUCCAAUGGAAUUCCAGAUUCGCGGGGGAUUUCAAAACAUGCCCGAAUUCGCCAGAGAUUUCAAGUGCGCCCUCGGAACUCCUUACAAUCCGGAAGAACGAUGUACCGUUUGGUGAAUAAAAACCCGUC